CUUUCGUUCGUGCCGGUGCGCGUGCUCUCGCGCUGCCGGAGUCACGCUGUCUCACAUUCCCAGACUCCCAGACUUCCCUCCGCUCCCAGCCCAGCGCCAUCCCGCCUCGCGGAGCUGCUGCUGCUGCAGAGCAUCGCGAUACUGCAUGCGACGCAUCUUCCUCUCUGGCUGCAGCAUCCUCAUCUUCACCAUCACAACCGUCUGUCUGCUUUGUAGAGAGAAGGAAGAAGAAGAGGAGGAGGAGCAGGAGGAGGGGGUUUGGUUUGGCGGGGUGGGCUGCAGAGCGGCGGAGCUGCGGAUGAGAAAGCCCGGCCGUGGGUGGGAUGCCUGCAGCUUUCUCUCUCUCUCUUUCUCUCUCUCUCUCUCUCUCUCUCUCUCUCUCUCUGCACAAUCCAAUCCACCGCGGAUCGCUCGCUUGCGAGGACACUUCAGAUGAGAGCAAGCGAAGGGAUUUUAUGAAAGUGGCACGCCGAUGACAAAAAGGGUCGCUUUGGAGGAGUUUGCCGUGAAUGCGAGAGACAACAGGACAGUUGCAGGACAGCCCUGUUGUAGGACACGUCCUCUUCCAGCAUCUCUUCCUCAAUGGGCCAUUUUUCCCCCUCUGAUUAGGGGACAGGGGGGGAUGGAUUGAAGAUCGGGGCUUUUUCAGUUCAUACGCAUCCCGCUGGGAUUAAAUUGUGCACCGGCAGGAUUCUGGUGUCACCUCUGCUUGCCGAUUGAUUUCAGAGCUGUAGUAAGAGGAGCACAGGUCCACCAUACAUACAGCAUCAUGGUGGGCAUCUUUCUGGAGUAGAGAUUAUUCACGAUUAUUUGCACGGGGCUUCAAUUUGGAGAUCUGGGUUAUAAGACACAAGUCCCGAAGUGUGGCGCGCGUGAACGAGGUGCAUGCGGGCGUGAGUGCGCGCCUCAAUGUGUCUGUGCGUGCACGAGCGUGCCUGCCUGUUUUCCUCUUUGCCUUGAUUUAUGUAAUACGCUUUCCCACUGGAGACCGUUGGAGACUAUUGGAGACCGUUGUAGACUAUUGGAGAUAAUUGGAGACUAUUUGAGACCAUUGGAGACUAUUGGCGACUACUGGUGUGCAGGAAUCAUCUUUGGGGGUCCGGCCAUCGCCCGGAGCUGGACUGGGAUGUGCCUGGACUGAGAAAUCGGACUCAUGAUCAUCAGAACAGGUUACAUUUCUCCAGUAAUCAACUGACCAGUUUUGAUGCAGCCUCAGCUUUCUGUUCUUGACUGAAAGAAGGGGAACCUGAUGUGGUCUUCUGCUGUUGGAGCCCAUUCUCACCUCAAGGUCUCCCAGUGGCCAAAAGUUUCCCCCAUCGCUCCAUCAUCGCCGAAGGUCAGCAGCCCUGGAGAAGCAGAUAGGAGGGAUUUGGCACCUUCUCAGACCAUUAAAGCCCUCAGACACUGAUGGUUCCCCGGGGACUCUCGCUCCGUCGCCGAGGGUGCUGGUAAUCAAUUUACCCAGGAUUCCUUGCGAGAACACAGUAUGCCUGCUUGAGAUGAGUGACACCGGAAGAGCCUUCAUCUCUGGACCAGGAAGCUGAUAAACCAUGGAGCGGUACGUUUUGUAUGUGAUGCUGUUGGGGGUCUUGGUGCGAGGGCAACACUGCCCGGGGCGUUGUAUCUGCCAGACGAUUUCCCCGACUUUGACCCUGCUAUGCGCCAAGACUGGUCUCCUGUUUGUGCCCCCAACCAUUGACCGUAAGACCGUAGAGCUGAGGCUGACGGACAACUUCAUCACGGCUGUCCGCCGGAAGGAUUUUCUCAACAUGACGAGCUUGGUUCACUUGACGUUGUCACGGAAUACCAUCAGCCAGAUUGCCCCUCAUGCCUUUGUGGGACUCAAGGCGUUGAGGGCGCUACACAUGGACGGUAACCGGCUGACCGAGAUAAGGAACGACCAGUUGAAGGGUCUGAUCAACUUGCGACAUCUCAUUCUGGGCAACAACCAGAUCCACCAAAUUGACCCUUCUUCUUUCGAUGAGUUUGUGUCCACUAUCGAGGACUUGGAUUUGUCUUAUAACAACCUGAGGACGUUGCCUUGGGAGGCUAUUGCCAGGAUGACCAACAUAAACACACUGACUCUGGAUCACAACCUCAUCGACCACAUAGGAGCCGGAACGUUCACUCUACUCACCAAGCUGGUUCGCUUGGACAUGACUUCAAACCGCUUGCAGAAACUGCCGCCGGACAGCCUCUUCCAGCAUGCCCAGGUGCUUUCUGACCCCAAAGGUUUCUCCAGUUCCUCCAGGCUGACCGUGAGCUUCGGCGGGAACCCGCUUCAUUGCAACUGCGAGUUGCUGUGGCUGCGCAGGCUUACCCGAGAGGAUGACUUGGAGACUUGCGCCUCGCCUGAUCAGCUGAUGGACAAGUACUUCUGGUCGAUUCAAGAGGAGGAGUUUAUCUGCGAGCCACCACUCAUUAUCAAGCACCAUUCCACCAAGCCUUACGUCAUGGAGGGUCAAGGUGUCACCCUCAAGUGUAAGGCCAUGGGGGAUCCAGAUCCUGCCAUUCACUGGCGCUUUCCCGAUGGCAAGCUGGUGCACAAUAACUCGCGUACAAUCUUGUAUGAUAAUGGCACUCUGGACAUCCUGAUAACCACCUUGAAAGACAGUGGUGCAUUCAACUGUGUGGCCUCAAACGCUGCCGGCAUCGCCACAGCGGCUGUGGACAUCAACAUGAUCCCGCUGCCACUGUUCGUCAAUAACACUGGCCACAUGAGGGAGGCGGACCCUGGCCUUUCUGACAUAACCACUUCAACCAAAUCUGGCAACAACGAAACCAAGCAGGACAAAAGGGUUGUGGUGGACGAGUUGACCGCCAACUCGGCCAUGAUCCAUUGGCCGUCUGAGCGACACAUCCCUGGGAUCAGGAUGUACCAGAUUCAGUAUAACAGCACGAUGGACGACACGUUGGUUUACAGGAUGAUCCCAUCAGAAAGCAAGACAUUCAGGAUCAGUGACCUCGCGGCGGGUCGCGAGUAUGAACUGUGCGUGCUGGCGGUCUACGAUGACGGCAUCACCUCUCUGACGGCAACGCGAGUGGUGGGAUGCGUCCAUUUCCGCACGGCGCCCGAGGCCGGCCAGUGCCGAUUCGUCCACAGCCAGUUUCUGGGCGGGACCAUGAUCAUCAUCAUUGGUGGCGUCAUCGUGGCUUCUGUUCUGGUCUUCAUCGUCAUCCUCAUGAUCCGCUACAAAGCCUACGACAGCUCCAAAGCCAAGGCUAGCGCCAAUGCUGGCACCAAUGGUGGCAGCAGCAGCACUAGUGCCAAUGUUCCCGGCAUGUCGCAGACCGGUGGAAACCACCGUACUACACGUCCAGGGUUAAAGCAACAGCAGCAGCACCAAUCACAGGGGAGCGAAGACCGCAGUCGCCGGUUGUCUCAGGUUGGGAUGGACUGCAAGGCUAUGCUUCUUCUCAGCCUGGAAAAUGAAACUCAAGAGCAGCUAAAGGUGCAGCUGCCUCUGCUAAGCCCUGACGCACCUGCCCCUUCUGGGUCCGCGAACGCCACGUUACCGCCGGGGUCUCGCCGUGCGAGCUUGGGAAACCCACCUUCUGAGGACACCCAAACGGACAGCAGCCUGACGGGCUCCACCAUGUCCCUGUGCCUGAUCGGAUCCAGGGCGGGCGAGGACGUUCCCCCGCCGCGGCCCAGGGACGGGCGGAAGGGGGUGCUGGGUGGGAUGGGGCUGCUGCCGGGCGAGCUGGCGAGGACCAGGCAUCGCUUCUCAUUCGACGGCGAUUACGCCCUGUUCCACAGCCACAGCUACCCCCGGCGGGCACGGACCCGCAGGCACAAGUCCAGCUCCAACCUCAACACUGAGGCCUCGCCACCCACCAGCCGAAGGGUCACUUUCAGCAGCACCGAGUGGAUGCUGGAGAGCACCGUGUGAACGACAGGGGGGACAUGGGACACACGGGCACGUCUAACUAACAUUACAGUGACACCGAAGCACACAAACGAACACACAUACACACACAUUUACAGCUUACAGCAGAACAUUAACACCCACACACACACUGACACUGAGACUAAAUCAUGCAGUACUCAUGGAUCCAUACAUACAUACAUACACACUCCCACAUAAUAAGCACCCAAGAAAGUACCUGAAUACUCGCUGCUGUUUUUUCAUAAUUAACAAUUUUCUCACUAACAAAUCAGAAAAUUUGUUAACAACUUUUUUUGAAUGUCAUGUCAGAUUCUAUAAUAAUAGAAAUGAUAACUCAGAACACAUUAUAAUGCAUUCACAAAGCAUUAUGAACAUGAUUAUGCUAUGUAUCAAUUGGGAAACACUUUCAAUGAAUUUUGGGUCUAUUAGACUCUAUAAACAUACUCUCAUCACAUUAUUGGGCUUUAAUAAAGCAUUAUAAACAUGAAUAUACUUACUUAUCAAUUGGGUAAAACUUUCCAUGAAUGUCAUGUCUUUAUUAAACUUUGUAAAACAUAUUUAUAACACAUUAUAAUGCUUUCAUAAAGCAUUAAAAACAUGGUUAUACAAAUGUAUCAAUUGGGAAACACUUUCCAUGAAUGUCAUGUAUAUGAGACUCUAUAAACAUACUCAUAACACAUUAUUCUUUUUUCAUAAAGCAUUAGAAACAUGAUUAUACAUAUUUAUCAAUCAGGAAACACUUUCAAUGAACGUGAUGUCUAUUAGACUCUAUAAACA